CGUAGACUGGGAGUACUCGAAGGCAGCACCAGUGCUGCAGACGCCAGCCGUGCCGCUGUCUGACGAUGGUAGACUGGAUAGCCGGAUGGUCAGGGCCGUCCUCGUCUAACCUCAACAUGCGAGUCUAACUCGAUUCACGUUCGUCAAUAGCGCUCAACACCGUUCUACGCGUUUAUUUAAGCCUCGGCCAGUCACGUCGCGUUUGUUUUGAACCAUGGAGGACGACUGUGUGUGUGACUACGACUCGACCUGGGACACGGAGAGUGAUGGAGACGACCCGGCCGGAGAGAGCCAGACCCGUCGGUCGUGUCAAGACAAAAACAAAUCCGGCUGGACCUUAACUUGGCAUCACACGCCCAGAAACAUGAGGGCAGCAAAGGACAUGCAGACCUACAGGAGAGGAUAUCCAAAUCUCACAGAUGACGAGUGCUCCGAAGACAAAAUGAACAAUUUGCAGUUUUAUCUAAAUAACUUUCCCUCCGCUCCUGAUGAUAUCUACAUUGAAUCCUUUCUCAAGGAGUGGAAAAACGACUACAAGCGACUAGAGAGAGUUCACUCCUACAUCCAGUGGUUGUUUCCACUGCGAGAGCCGGGGGUUAAUUACAUGGCUUCAGAACUCACCAAGAAAGAAAUUGAAGCCUUCAAGAAGAACGAGGACGCUAAGAAGAGACUAGUCGAGUCCUACGAACUCAUGUUGGGCUUCUACGGCAUGCGUUUGGUCAACAAGGAGACGGGCGAAGUGAAACGAGCAGACAAUUGGAAGGAGCGAUUUGGAAACCUGGAGCGGAACAUGCACAACAACCUGCGCAUCACUCGCAUCCUGAAGAGCCUCGGGGAGCUGGGCUUUGAGCACUACCAGGCCCCUCUAGUGCGCUUCUUUCUGGAGGAGACUCUGGUGAAGAAGACCCUCGGCAGCGUGAAGCGCAGCGUGCUCGACUACUUCCUGUUCGCGGUCCUGGACAAGCAGAAACGCCAGGAGCUCCUGCGCAUCGCCUACAGUCACUUUGAGCCCAAGGACAAGUUUGUGUGGUGUCCCCGGAAGGUCCAGAAACAAUUCAGGAAGGCCGAGAAAAGGGCCGACGGAGACGGAAAGGAUGACGCGUGUUCACGGGGGAGCAGAGGCAAAGACGGAGAGGUGGGCGUCCAGCAGAAGGAGGAUGGACUGGAGGAUGUCCCGAGGGCUCCGAGAGGGACUGAUAAAACGGCGAGUAAAGACAAAAACAAGCCCUCCGAGGCAUCCCCCGAGACGCCACCGGACGCAGAGACCCUCGGAAACGGAAACGAGGAGUCCGACGACGUUUUGGGGAACGGAUACGACUCUGCGGACGAGGUCGACGAAAUGGACCAGUCGCCCAGUCCAGACUCGGCGAGGGCCAAAAGCGAGCCGUGUGCGGACGGCGAGGACGCGGCGACCAAGGACGCCGCCCAGGAGGCGGACAGCGUCAUGCAAACAGACGAGGGCGUGGACGCCGAGAAACCGCCCAAGAAGAAGAGGGAGGACGACAACAUCAAGGAGCCGCACAGCAACGGCUCUGCUGGGGACUCGGCGAGCGAGGAGACGAAGGAGAAGGCCGGCGCCGGUCAAACGCCGCCUAAGACUUCAAAACAUUCGCCCUCUCUUUCCUCCGGGAGAGAGGAAAAAAUCCCAAGGACAGAUUUUAAUCAAGCGCCGGAUAAGAGGAAAGAGGAGGAAACGCCGAAGGCCAACGCGUCCGCAACAAACGGGUCGGGGACGAGCAAAGAUGGCGACCAGCCGAACGGGAAGGAGUCGGAGGACGUCGACAUGGAAUCAAACCCCUCAAGCUCCGAGCAGAGUGUGAAAAGCUCAUGAAUAAACUGGACGAGAGAAGAAAAUACAAUGAUUUAAGCUUAAAUAAAAUGCCCUAUAGGGACAGAGUACGAAUUAAAAACAAUUCCUGGGCCUUAUUUCUACUAUAUUUGUUUGGAUAUCAAUUAUUUUCAUUUAAUUGGCUGAAUGUGGGACAGGAUGUAAGUCACUUUCCAGAUGGCCAUCAGAAAAGAUGAAAGGAGAAGUCUGAUCAUCUAUUUUUGUGUUUUAAUUGUCAACAAAUCAACCAUAGAUGAUCUCUCAGUGCUUUCCUCCUUCUUCUUAUGUGCCGCCCGUUGAUUCUUAUUCAACUCACGAGUCCUCAAAUAUUGAGUACACCGUUUUUCUUUUUUAAAAUUCCAAAUCGUUUUACAGGAGGAGUCUUUCUGUCAAAUGCUACUCCAUGGGAGUAACCAGUGUUUUUGACUUUUUGUAUCCUGGUUCUGUGAGUAUUCACAGCAGCAUGUGGGAUUGAGUGAAAAAGAAGUACAGCGUGUGUUAAAUUAUUAUUUAUCAUUAUAUUAUUGUAACUUAGGGGAAUGUUGGCCGAGGCGACGUUGUUCCUCAGUAGUUGAUGAAAUAUGAGAUACUUGAGUUCUUAAAUAAAGUCUUCUCAUGGGAUGUGUCGACAAAAAGGAAAGUCUGCUAUUCUUU